UGUUUAGUUUUUCCUUCAUCUUUUGGUAGAUUUGGUAUUUUCGCGGCAACUGGACAAACUAUAUAAAGAAUAACUCUCAAUUUUAAGGGCUGAAGGAAAACUGUAGUUAGUCGUUAACAAAAUGAUGACAUAAAUGAAUUUUUUUUGCAACAUCUAAGAAAAACCAUCAGUGCACAAAACACAGUUAAGCCUGGUUUUGAUAUGAUCAUCUGGAUCGUCCCGAUCGCCAGGGUACGAUCCGGACGACUGGGACGACAGGUAGUUUCCAUAUGAUCGUCCCGAACGCCUCAAAGGCAUGAGACGAGGAGUCGUCAGCGAUGUCUCUGGGUGACACAAUAUAAUUUUUGCGCGUUUUUCUUAAUUAAGACAAACAUGAUGAUGAUUUUUAUUCGGAGAGCGACGCUCGUGCCUUGCUAUGUGCUUUGUCUCUCGAUUUUGCGGCGUCGAAAAGUUAGAAGAGUUCCAAGAAGACAGAAUCAAGUCGAGAAGUUGAUGUCUCGUACUGUCUCCAAUUUCAAAUAGCGCCCAUACCAACGGUGCAAAAAUUUUUGUAUUAUUUUUUCGACUUCAGCGCCAUCAAGGCUGAAUUUAUUCUCAAUUACUGGUCGAUACUGGAAUAAAAGUGAUGAUUUCUGGGAUAGCCUUCAAUCGUCCCGAUCGUCUCAGUCCUCUGAGAGCGUUUCCAUGUGAUCGCUUCAAAAUUUACACUAUCACCCGAUCGUUCGGGUAGAACUCACCUCCAUCCAAGCGAUCGAGGUCGACUCAGUCGGCCAUCGUCCGGGUAGCGUUUCCAUAUGAUCGUUUCGAUCGUCUGAACAUUAUUUGAGACGACUGGCCUAUGGCACGAUUAGGACGAUCCGGACGAUCAUGAAACCAGACUUUAUCCAGCAGGAGCUGUGUGUAAAGUACAGUUUCAGUUCUUGUUUCUAAGCUUCAUUCUCGUUCUGAUUUUCUUAACAGGUUGAGAAAAAACUCCAACCGUUCUACAAAGAUCUGUUCCAUACGGAAGGUCCGAAAAAUUGUGUACCCAAAUGCCUUAUUGACAUUGUACCUUUUUACCACCCCCACGCUGUUUUUCAUGGCUACGUCAUUGGGAAUAAAGACUGUUCCGUGAAAGCAAGCCAACAACUGCCUUUCUUUACACAGAAUUUUGGACCAAAAUGGACCGAGUAUACUACAACAGUGCACGAGAUAGCUGGACAUCACAUCGAGGUCUGAAUAUGUGCUGAGUGGUAGAGGUUCUCGGGGAUAAUAGAGUCGGGACGGGUUAGGGAAGGAUCGGGACGGGACGGGAUGGGGCGGGAAAAAGCGAAAACUUUUAAGCAGUGCGCAAGAGCCCCAGACAUCACAUUAAUGACUGAUAAAGUGUUGGGAGAAGUUCUUCGGGAUAAUAGAGAUAAUAGGGACGGGACGGGAUGGGACAAGGAAGAGGCAAGCACUUUUCAGCGAUGUGUAAGACCCCCCCGGGUUUCACACUGAUGUAACGUUAUGUGCUGGGAGAGGCUUUCGGGUGAUAAUAGGGGUAAUGGGGACGGGAAGGGAUGGAACGGGGAGUGGCGAAAACCUUUCUUCAGUGCUCAAGAUCCCAGGACAGCACAAUGAUGAUUGGUUUAAUGCUGGGAGAAGUGUUUCGGGAUAAUAGAGAUAAUGGGGAUGGGACGGGAUGGGACGGGACGGGAGGGGCGAAAACCUUUCUUCAGUGUGCAAGAUCCAUGGACAGCAUAUUGAUGAUUGGUUUAGUGCUGGGAGAAGUGUUUCCGGAUCAUAGAGAUUAUAACGGAGACGGAACGGGAUAGAACGGGACGAGGCGAAAAACCUUUUAGCAGUGCGCAAGACCCCUAGAUAUCACAUUGAUGAUUGGCUUAUUGCUGGGAAAAGCGCUUUGGGAUAAUAGAGAUAAUGGGGACGGGGCGGGAUGGGACAGGAGGGGCGAAAACCUUUCUUCAGUGCGCAAGAUCCAUAGACAUCACAUUCAUAAUUGGUUCAGUGGUGGAAUAAGUUGUUCGGAGUAAUAUAGAUAACGAAGACGGAACGGGAUGGAACGAGGAGAGGCAAAAACCUUUCUGCAGUGUGCGACAUCCCUGGAAAACACAUUUAUGAUUGGUCAAUGCUGGGAGAAGUGUUUCGGGAUAAUAGAGAUAAUGGGGACAGGAGUGCGCUUCUCUGGACUGCACAUUGAUGAUUGGUUUAGUGCUGGGAGAAAUGUUUCGGGUAAUAGAUAAUAUGGACGGGACGGGACGGGAUGGGGCGAAAACCUUUCAGCAGUGCGCAAUUGAUCCUUGAACCGAGGUCUUGGCUUAGAAACGGAGGAGAUACUCGGGGAUGAUAUAGGGACGGCGAAGAGCGAAGACUUUUCAGAGACUGAAAUUGUGAUCCAUCUGAGAGCCUUUUGAAAGUAUGAUUAGUUAUUUUUCAAAAAUGUAAUCGUUAGAGUUUAAAACGUACCACUAGUUUGCAAAUGCUCUUGAGGAAGCAUUCGUCCCAGCUUCGGAAAUCAACGAUGACUGUACUUUACCCGGCAAACUUCUUUUACGAGUUAUUUGUUUAAGUCUCAAAAUUCGUUUGUUUAAUUCGGUUUUCGAAGGAUUAUUUGUCUUCUUACAGGUCCAGAGCUUUACAGAGUAUUUCCAAAGUGACUGUACGGAUUCAAUAGCAUGGCUGAACGGUCCAAACUAUUUCACAGCCAUCACAGAGGGUUGGGCAGCUUACAACGAGUAUGAACUGUUUCCAAAUUACACUACACUCUACAACUGGGACUCCAAUCAACAAGGCCACAAAGAAAUCAUGAAACAGAAGUAUGGCAUGUUGUACUACCAGGUACUUGAGACUGUCAUUAUUUCAGACGAUCUUUGACAAAUUUUUGAUACAUCAGUAUCAAAUUAUUGUGAAAGGUUUGAACCCCGUUAGAAGUCAUUUUAUAGGUUGAGUAUUGUAUAUGAUUGUCCGGGUGAACGUUGUCCUGUGAACAGGGCUGGUUGUUGACAGUGGCUGGCGUUUCGACAACCUGUGCAUUAGUCAUCUUCAGAGUCAAAGUGAGUUGUAUCACGUCAGUCGAUGCUAUAGGAAACAUCACCGUUUACAAAUAAUGUUUUUGUUCUCCGACUAUGUAACGGGUGAAGAACAAAAGAAUCUUUUGAUUCAAGAACCAAUGCACUUCUGGUUGGCACGUUAAUAUCAAUAGGUGACUUUGGCGUGAGUAUCGUUAUUAAACUCUGGUUAUUAACCUGAUUGGUCAAUGAAGUCGCAAUGUUUUUGGUCGUCUGUCAGUUAAGCCGUGAUGACAGUUUUGCGUCAAUAAGACGUUUGUAAUAGGUCUAUUGGUGCCGGUCUGUUGACCAUGAUUUAGCGGCUUUUGUUCUAGGUAUUAACCAGCUUUCUAAAGUGAGUCGUUGAUAGUAGUCUGUAGAAUGCGUAAUGACGCAGAGUCCCGGUGGAUUCGAUGUUUCGUCUACAAAUAUUAAAUGAGACUUGAAAACUAAUAUAUCAAUCCCGACUUAACAGAUAUUAACAGUGGAACCUCGAUAAGUAUAACGAAGGGCCAAGGGACUGGAAAAUAUAUAUGCAACGAGGCUUUGCUGUAUCGAGGUUCUUUUAAUCCAGUAACACAUAUUUCUCUACUACCGGGGCAAAGAAUAUAGUUCGGUACACUGAGGAUCUCGUUAUACAAGUGUUCGUCGUAUCGACUUUCCACUGUGUAUAACUUUAUAAAAUUUGAAAUACCCUACAUUUUGGUACUAAAUAUCCUAUGGGAUAAGGUCUGUUAGGAGGAUAUUCCUCUCUCACCAUUUUUCUCUUCUUGCUAAAUACAGUAACAAUAAUGAAAAGUUUAUCGCGUGAAUGGCAUAAAUCGUCCAAAUUCAAUUUAGAGCUAUAUUUUGUAUGAAUUGAUAACAAACAUUGUUUUCAUUUUUUGGCAGAAACUUCACGCCCUUCGUCCUAUUGUCGACAUAAUGUUUCACUUUGAAGGCACAGAUAUGUCGACAAUCCUUAAUUUGUACAAGCAAUACGUAUGGGAUGAUAAUACUCAUCAAGUCAGGAAAGAUAUCUCCCGCAUUCUUAGCACCCCUGGAUUUGUAACGAGCUACAUGAUUGGUCAAAUGGAAAUAUCACGUGUCAAAGACAUGGCCGAGAGGGAGUUGGGUCCGGAGUUCUCGCUGAAGGAUUUUCAUUACGAGAUUCUGCGCGAAGGAGAGUUUCCGCUGGAAUAUUUGGAAGAACAUAUUACAGAAUACAUUGCCUGCAAGAAAAAUCCCAAUAAAAUAGGAUGCAAUGAAAUUCUGUAAUAACUAAGUUGACCACCAAAGCAGAAGUUCAGAACAAUUCUCUUUUUCUACUUUACUUUAGGAUGAUGUUUGGAUGAAUUUUUUGUGAAACGUAUGUUUAUACAACAGAUCAUCGUUUUCAUAGCCCUACGGCAUACAGCUGUAUAAGAGGCCAUGUUAUUAUAGCCAAACAAUGAAACUUCUUUUCCUUAGGAAAUACGCCUCCCCUUUCUAAGGUUUCCAAAAUGAUUUACCUAAAUGAUCGUCAUGUGCACACAUAUUCCUAAUCGCUACAGCGUUUGCCGUAUGGGUUUAACCCUCUCUGGCUGUGCAUGUAAUCAUAUUUCAAAAGGAAAACCGUUAGUUAUCUGUUUCAAAAGAAUGUUGUUUUAUGUGCCACAGUUUUAGACUUAGAUAGUCACAGUCAGCUUUGGGACCUCGCUGAAGUGGUCACUAGUUUUCAAUUUUAAAAAACGUUUACCUACCUCAGACGCUACAUCAAAAGCACGAGUCAGAUACAUUUAGAAAUCCGCUUCAAUCUCUCCUAGUGUCUCAUUUGAUCUUGGAUAUUUUACUGAAAACCUGUUUGACCUGUUUCUGCGUAGUAUUUUACAGUAUGAACGGCAUAUCUUGUAAUAUGCAAAUCAGCUAAGUAAUGGUAUCUAAUGCGCAUGUGCAUCAGCUGACUGUGUUCAUUAAUUUUGUAACAAAAAGAAAGAAAAACACAUCAGCUGACUGUGUUCAUUAAUUUUGUAACAAAAAGAAAGAAAAACACAAGGAGGCAUUUGAAAUAAAAAAAAAAUCGUUUCCUGGAGCCGUAGUGCGGCCUGCAGUGAACACGCAUGGUAACAUGAAGUACAUUUACAAAUCGCUUUCUAGGGUCCUGCACUAGUGUCUAGGUGUUUGGGGGUGCUAUUAGACAUGUCGGGUGGAAAAUGCACUAGCUAUAGUGUCAAAACUCACACUUUUUUUUCACCUUUUUCCAAGCUGCAGAACCGUGUCCCAGACCAGUGUUCCUGAUACAUGUGCUAAGACGACUAAAAGGACUCCAAUACUGCAAUUUGUCAGCUUAAUAGGGGGACGGGAAAUUUAGGGGCGCAGAUAGAAACGGUGGAACUGAUCGCAUGAGAGUAGGACGCGCACGAGAAAGGAGGUACGCGUAUGAGGCAAAAGCUACCACUCUCGAGCUCGCGCUUGUCUUCAGCUACGCGCGAGAGCUCUCGCGCGUAUCACUUAUCAUGCGCCGCACGAUUCUAAAAGGCACGGUAAGGCGGGGAACAAAAAUGUUCAACCAGGUUCAACUUGUCUUACAACAUUGCUGCGAAACGAGUUCAAAAGCAGUGUUACGACGCGUUUUACCCCCUAUGAAUCAUCAAACCUGUCUUGCAACAAAUCAUGUUGUGGCAGGUUGUGCAAAUUUGAUACAGGAAGUUAAGAGAGUAGUUUUACUUUUUGCAACAAAAUUUGUACAUGUUGCGCGUUUUACCGGCCUACUGCAAACGUGUUUGGCAGCCAGUGACGUAACUCCCGUCUGGCGUGACUCCCGCGUAAUUUUAUCCAAUCAGAGGUCUGUACACGCGCAACUCGCAACAACCCGAUUUGUUGUAAAGACUGUGAGGGUUGAAACUGGGUGGCAAACUCGUUUGCAGCAAUGUUGCAAAACAAGUUGAACUUUUUUUGUUGCCCGUACGUGUUUGUAUAGCUUAAGUGCCUACAAAACAGGCUGUACUUGGCUAGACUGCAACUUAACUUGUUCCCAGGGUUAUCUUCGACUCUCUCGCUCCGAAGACAGAGUAGAACCCAGUGACAAGGUAUCCUCGUACCCAGGGCUUUUUUCCGAGGUUGAUGAUUAGGUUGGAAUGCAGAGUGAAAAACGUUUGCUCAUUUGUCGUUCUGGCUAACCGCUUUUUGGCCUGAUUUUUUCUCACCUUUUUUAAAAAACACUACACUAAAUUUAAGUUGUUGAGAAUUUAUUUGUUAGUUUGUUAAAUAAAUUCUUCUUAACGCCCGAGGUGUUUAAUUUAAUCGAAAAUCCAAAUCCCAUGACUGCGCAUUGUAUUUUAUAUCAAUAGCAGCUAAACAGUGUAUCAUGCCGUGAAGCAUGACCGCGCGGGCCGAUAUCUCAUUAUAUAUGGAAAGAAACGCGUACUAUCAACAACUAGUUACAUCAAGCACCAGUCUGGUUUCUUUCAAAUAUACGAUGUUAUUUUUCGACGUUUCUUCUGUGUGAGACAUACUACAAAAGAGAGUGGAAAAGAAUAUCAGGUAGGUUGACGCAGCCAAAACCGUGUUGUCAUGGUAGAACUUUUUUGUACAAGCUUUGGUAAUUUGUGAGAUAUUUCAAGCAUUCCUAACACUUGAACAAUUCCUUUUUCAAGGUUUAGUUAAUUUUCCCACAAUUGUAGCUUGCAAACGAAUGUUUAUUCCAAAAGAUACUCUAAAGGAUUCAAGUUUUCUCUCCGUUGCAUCGUUGGACCUUCGAUUAAGAGUUAAAGGCAUUUAGAUGCUAUGAUAAUUGAUGGAAUAUGUUACACAAAGAGCUCCUCUUGAAAUAAUAUUUUAAGGCAUCUACAGGCCAAGUGAAUUUUAGGCAUUUUCUAUGCAGUAGCCUUUUUUGAAGAGUGUUCAGGUUCUGUUUCCUUCAAUCACAGCAGAAUUUACCUCGAAAGUUUUUUGAGACGGAACUCGACGAUCUGAUACCCCGCUCCCGCCUUUCGGAAGGUAUAAGUAAUAUUUUGCGUUAAGUCUUCCACAUAGUCGUUACCCUGGUGUAGCUAGAGAGUUUCGUUCCAUUUUACAGCUUGUUUCAAUACAGAUAAUUACUAUGCAUAGGAAAGCUCUCAAUAAAACUACUCAACAUACAGUUGGCGAUCGUUUAUCAGUUUUGUGUUUGGUUUUCGUGAGUGACUCUCGAUGGAUAUUAAAACACGUCGAUUAAUCGCAUGGUUUUCUACGCACUCUACAUCCCAUACAAUGAUUUUAAAACUGGAGUUAAAAGGCAGCAAUGAAUUGGGAAUCCUUUAAGUGAAGAUAAAGCACAAAGUUAAGCUUAAGGUUUGCUCUCAGUUAAAACGCCUGACUCGAUGUGCUAAUGAAAAUGGCAAGUACUGACGCGAAACGGAAAAACUCUGUUGUGUUCGAGGUAUUACGAUCUAAUUUACAUGUCUGAAAACGAAACAGUUAGGCUACCGUAGUACGCUGUUCUUUGUUGCAAAUACUACGCAAAAAGACAGGUUCCAGGUUUUGUAAGAAGUCUUACUCUAAUACAACAAUCUGAUUACACUUCUUCUGGAACUUUACCGUUAUAAGUUCUUCUUGAGUUGUCUGUUUGUUGUAAAAUCAUAGUUAUGUAAAUUUUCGUAUUAGAUUGUAGUUCCCUUUAUACGUCCUGACCCUCCAAACAUCUAUCGUACAUCUUGUUUGGAAAUUUAUCUUUAGAUUUAUUACAACAACCGACAUGACGUCCUAUAUACGUAUAGCCUCAGUCAGUUCUUUCUAGUCAAAAUCAUGAUUUGUAAUCUAAGUUGUGGCUGCUAUUUUAAAUUCAGAUGUAAAUUAAACAAUUGAAGAGUUUUGUUAACGUUUGUCAACAUCCUUAUACAUGAAUUUUAAUCACUUAAUUAGGACCUCAUUUUACCAGCCUACCUAAUACAGCAUAGAAUUUACUGAAUCUUUGAGUCUUUUUAUAAAUUCUUAAAGUUCUGUUGGAUGUCUCAUCAAGUUUAAACUUUCUCGGCAAGAUAUUCUCAUAAACAAACAACGACAAAUUGUUGUACAAUUUAUGAGUUUAAGUAAACUUGACGUCUGGUAAACAUUUGCUACAUAAAGAGCAUAUUUUACGGGACACGCAAAGCGGAAUGAUUCCCUGUUUAUAUCACAUUUCUGAACACUGAAAUGAUUCGUAUCCGGUUCUUUUGACUCCAAGUCAGCGAGCAGGGGACUGGAAGCUACACCUCACGCGGACUUGCGCUAACUGAGAGUUUAUUCAUUUGGUUUUCAAUUACACCUACCACUGAAUGGACAAACUAUUAAAAACUAGAAACACAAGCACUACUUUUUAACUUUAUCUUGUAGAAUCAGAUUGUAUUCUUACAUAUAGCACUAACAGAGUAAAACAAAGACUGUUUUUAUACACAACUUAUAUUAUGUCACAUAUAAGGGAUAGAAUUAGUUCUGGGUUUGCAAUUUUUAACAACAGCCCUAACCAGCUCCUUCCGUGGCACGAGAGAGGUAGUGUGGCCUACUCGGGCCGAGUGGGUAGCGAGCUCGCAAUCAGGCCGUCCUGGGUUCGAGUCUCUCUCUAGCCACUUGCUGGAUUUGUUCUCAAUUGUCCCGAGUUCAAAUCCUCCCGGCCACUCUUGUAAAUAGCCAACUGGUUACCUCCUGCUUGUUGGGGCGAUCUCAACAGCAACCAAAGAUGUUGAAAGAUGUUGGACCAAUAUCUUGGAUAAUGUUAAACACGCUCUUAACGAUUCAAUUCUUCAUUGCAGUGAUCCCGUCAUGGAGAAUGGUGUAAAGAAUAUGAAAUCCUCCUCAUUGGCUUUUAACCCUUAUAAAUACAACAACAAAGAACCGAAGAAAUCCAGAGACUGGCGUGGUCUGUUAAUGAUAAUUGUGGCUCCACUUUUUCUUUGCGCAAUUUUGUUGAUAAUAUUCUUUUACGCUGUAAGAAUCGCACCUGUAAAGCCUUACACUUCCCUCUGCCUUGGAUCAGCGGAGGCUAAUCGCUCAAACCUUACAGCGAUGUUCAAAAAGAUAGAACAUAUCUAUUUCCAUAAGCUGCAUCCCGAGAUGAUUUACCAGAUGGCAAAAGUCACGCCCGAGGAAAUCCGAAAAAUUUUUCGGCCUUUUGAUCCAAAUCCCGAAGCCAUCAGGAAUCGAACCGAGUUGGCCAAUGCGACACUUAACGAGUUAAAUUCCUUACAAUUUAAUACUUCGCUACUUAAACUUAGAGAACGAAAGGCAGUUCAUGUGGCUCGAUCGGUUUUACGUAAUAACUUUGGCUGGGCACCUUAUGGACAAGACUACUUCAAUGGAGAUUGGCUCUUAGGACCCGAUUCGCAUUGCGUCAUCCCUGUUUGUUCCUUGUUAACUCAUCUGAACGCCGCGUUUUCUUAUUUCAAACCGCGUAACCUGACCGAGCUGGAGAAACUAAAAGAUAUAUUCGAAGAGUACAAUCGAACAUUGGAGCGGCAUGUAGAAAAUUGGAAAUACGGAGUAAGGGCUGGUUACGUCAGGCCACUCGAGGGGUGUAAAGCUGGUUUGCAUCAGAUCAAGUAUGUAGCGUACAGAGGGAUGACCUUGAAAAAUGAGCGAGGUAAGUGCUCAGUGCAUAUAAAAUAUGUGUUCACGUAAUUCAGGCAGUUCAUGAUUACAUAGCGUAACCAUUUUUAGAUCAAUAGAAUUAGCAAAGGAUUUUAGAAUCCCAUUUACGGCAGACGGCGAACUGAGUCAAUUUGUACUACGUGACCAAGUUUCCCCCUUACUUGCCGUUUACUGUUGUUUAAUGUAAGUACGCACUUUAAGAAAUUUUAUUUCAGGUUUACCCAUUAGAAUUAUCUUGGACAGGAGCCCAUAAUCACGAGAGAGUAACUCCCUUUGGCCUAUUCAACGGCGUUUUCAAAGAACAGUUUAUUUUUAGAUGGAUUUUCCAGCGUAUUUUGAAUAAUAUCAAAUAGGACUUAAAAAUCAGUCAUCAAAAACCGGGGCUAUGCGCUCCUGUAUUGUAUAGAUGAGGCAUUCGCUGUUACUCUCAUGAAUUCAAGCUUUUUUGAUCAGUUGUCAGACUCUGAUAACAAAACGUGGAAGGAACUGUACAUUCUCAAUGUGACGUCGUACUUCAACAGAUCCCUUAUAGAGAAUAUCGCCCAACCAAUAUUAAAGAUGCUAAGGUAAGGUCCAAACUGCUCACAAUCCCUUUUUUUCCUCUAGGGAAAGCGAAGACUGGGUAGAGUUUGUGAUCUCUUACGGACUACAUGGCGCUCAGUUAACUUUGGGUCCCGAUUGGCCUGUGUAACUGUUACUCGUAAUUCUAUAAAUUUCGGAAAGAAUUCGCUAACUUUCGGAAGUAAUCGGGUCACAUUUAGUCAUGGAUUGACCAACGUACCGCUCUCGUGGAUGAUACAGGUAACUUUCUGUGUCAAUGGUCCAAGUUCGGCAGCUUUAGAAUUAUGCUUAAUUUUAACGAACUUUUUGUUUAUUCUACCCAAAGGUACCUUGAACAUGAACACCUACUGAACUGCCCAACCGAACAAAACUCUAACAACGGACUUGGAAGUCUGCCUCUAACUUCGGUAUUUUAUAAUGGCGUUGUUGAUCCGGGCACGACAGCGACUGGAGAGCUACCCACCAAGGAAAAGCUAAGUGGUGCUAAGACUUAUGAGAAUUUCAUGAGAUUCUACACUUCUCUGGAAAUAUCACCGGCUGAACUGAGGCAGAAGGCCACUAACAGGCUGGAAGAGUUGUACAAUGAGGUGACAACAUAGCUAAAAUUCUAAAAUAGUUAUACCACAAGUUUUCUUUUGCAAAAUAGUAAACCAGUCGACUUACAGGAAAGUACGGCUCUUGUAUAUAUGUGGCGUUAUUUUAUUUUAUUUUUUGACAAGUGGUCACACGUUAGUAUUUUAUUCACGGACUCUAGAACCACCUUGUAGAGCAUAAUACACAGCACCACAGGAAAGAACUUCUCAGUAGCUUUCAUUUGAAUGGUCACACUUAAGGCUUUCAUCCCCAAAAUUCAAAAGCUAGAACUACCUUAUACAAAGCAAAAUAAUCAGCACAACAGGAAGGGACUGCUAAAGUACUGCUUUAGCAUAGCUUUUUGGGCAAUUAUCACCCCAAGUCAAACGACUUCACUAUCACGCACAGACCCAAAAGUGUGGAAAGGACUUGCGACAUUACAAUACAUACACCCCAACAUUCGGCUCCAAUGACCCCAGUAGUCCAUGUUCGAUAUAUUACAAUUCUAACAGGACUUUGAGGCUUUAGGGACAAAAUUGCAAUUUUUUCACGACUCCAUUGUCUCGCCAUUCCCAGAAUUGAGAGACUUGAUAAUAAAGAAAACCAAACCAAAUAUAGCGAAAUGACCAAAUAGCCUCGGAGUCAUGUUACAAUUUUAAUAUAUCAAACGUGGACUAUUGACUAUGACGGUAAAAGGGGGCUCCCUCGGCCAAGUAUAUGUACAUUUAUUUUUCUUCAGGCAGUAGACAUUGCCAAAAGAUACACCUUGCAACAAGACAACACCACCGCCAUCGAUCAGUUUACGCAGGCGCUGAAUAGACCAGACAUGUCUUUUAACGAACAAACGUUUCCUAGCAACGAGAGUGAUGACGAUGCAUUUAGUAAAUGCUUGGAUGACGAGAGUGCGCAGAAAUAUUGCCCCGAACGAUGGAAGGCAAUGCAAGCAUGGAUAAAGAAUACCGUCAGUGUAAGUAGACUAUAGACCAGGCCUUAGUGGUUCACUGAAAGGAGGAUAACUCUAUCCACUGGAUGAAUCAGCUUUCCAGUGGAUAACGCAAUCGGUUCCCAAAUACUUAAUAUAAGCUGAAUAGCAAUUUAGCCGGCGGAUAGUGCUAUCCAAGUUAACAUUUCUUACGAAAAUUCACUUUUAAACUAGUUAUAAAUUGCCGGCGAAUUUUGUAGGUUUUUUUUAGCCUUUCACUGAAAUAAAAGCUUUUGUGGUUGUCCACAGUCUUAGUCUUCCGCUAUGAAGAAAGUCCCUCGAAUGAAUGAUUUUCCAGUAAUCGGAGACUUAGUUAUGCGCACAGGAUUAUGGGAUCGCCAGAGGGCAAACAUUGCAAGUCGCUACAAAGAAAUGUAUGGCGUGGAGCUGUUUCUCCGUUUAAAACCAGUGUCUUUGGACCGAGAAUGCCGCAUUUUGCCGUGAUUUUACGAGAAGCAGAGGUGACUAAUGUUGGUGCGUUGAUUGUAAGUUUUUGUGGGAUCAUUGCGAUGAAAUCUAUCGAUAAACACUCCUUCUUGCGUAAGGUCGACUGUGAAAUUUACUGAAUGGUCUCGAAAUAUAUAGUACUAACUUACCAGGUAUAAAUGAGCGGAGAAUGUGGACUCAUUUAUUAGGCCUUUCCAGUUGUAAGUACAUGUGCUGAUAUUUACGAGUGUAAUUACGUUCGGCUCGGCGGCCAUCACAACGCUGUACCAGUUUGUGACAACGAUCGAAGGUAAGCUUAUGUAUUGUCGAAUUUGAUAUGUAUUAACUGUAAAAGCAAAAACAUCUUCCCGACAUUGGUAUAUUGAUUCCCUCUAGCAAAAAAAACACAAGCGAAAUGUUUUGUCAUGAUCCAGAGCACCAAUGAGUUCUAAUGCUUUUUCUAAUUAUUUUGAGGGAAGAUAUAGAAUCUCUGAAUUUCGCACAUCAACUUGGUAUUUAUUUACACACUCACUGCUUUUGUAUCGGAAAUCUUACUCGUUCGUACGAUUUCUGCGUCAUCUACUAAUGGUUAGAUACUAUGUACUUUCCAUGAAAUAUUUCGUAGAUGUUACUUUGUUUAUACCGAAGUAAAGGAGGAUUUUUUAUUCUUAUGGCCACUACGAUCGUUGAGCGUCAUAACCCGCACAGAGCUGAUCGCGGCCGAGCGUAGUUACACUCGUUGUAAUAUCACCACACGUAAUUAAAACUAAAAAGCUUAAAUGAGCCAAUCCCCCUACAUGUAUACCUAAGUUUGCACUAUAUAUUUCGAGACCUUUUCUUCAUGUAGAUCACUGUGUAAAUUCAGUAAACAUGAAUUUCACACUCAACCUCACGUAAGGAGUGUUUAUCGAUAGGAUUUAACGCAUUAAUCACACAGAAACUUGAAAUUUCAACGCACCAACAUUAGUCACCUCCGUUUCUCAUAAAAUCACGGCAAAGUGCGGCAUUCUAUGUCCUAAGACAGUGCUUUUAACGGAGAAACAACUCCACGCCAUACAAUUCUUUGUCGCGACUCGCAAUGUUUGCCCCCCUGGCGAUCCCAAAAUCCUGUGCGCAAAACAUGAGUAUCCGAUUACUGGAAAAUCAUUCAUUGGAGGUUCUGUCAACAUUUGGUUUUUGAUGCGUUUUUUGAUUGCAGACAAUGAGCACCAUCAGACCAGUUUUGGACCCUCUAUUUUACGAUAGUGGCCCUAAGCGCUCCAUCCCUACCUGUCAAAUUGAAGUUAUUCCAUGGUAUCAACCGUACGCCAGCUUUCAAGCCUACUCUCCUGGCUCUAAAGACUGCAAGAAAAACUCUUCCCAGGCGCUGCCUUUUUUCUUGGACAAAUUCGGCCCAAAAUGGACCGAGUAUACCACCACAUCUCAUGAACAGCUACCGGGCCAUCAACUUGAGGUUUGUUGCGCCUUCUUUUACUCAUGCUAGUCUUUUUGUACAAAUGUAAGAAUCUAUUGAGAAUUUGGACUUUGAUCCUUUCAGUCUUCACAUAUGCUAUUGAGGUCUUGGGGUGCACUUUUUAUAGUAAAUAUUUAACUAGAAUUGAUAAGCUCUUUGCCAGGUGUUAUAAGUUAAGUUACUGCUUAAAGCAGCACAGUAUCUUGGACAUUCUUCGUAAUAGAGAUAUGAAGUUAUGGCGAAGGAUCUCUUUCACCAACAAGGCGUUGAGCGAUCUGUUAGCUCCCCAGAGAACACGGCAGAUGAGAAAUAGGUCGCACAAUUAUAUUCUGCCUAGUGUCCGGACAAGUCGUUUUAAAUCCGUUUUUAUUAAUAUAUGGUCCCUUCCUCUUCCCGACUUAUCUAGGAAGAUCGAAGGGCCUCUGCUCGCAGGGUAGGCCGCCUUAGGAACUCCAAUUUUUCUCCCCGCGUCCGUAUACAAUAUGUACCCUCAAAAUCUCACGUUACGUCCCUGCUGCACUUUCACCUAUGCCUUAGUCUUGAUGGACCCUUCGGGAGAGGCGCCUUUUGACUUUGUUUUCAGACUCUCUUAGGGCUUCGCAAACCCUCCGCCCUGUCCAAUCAUGGCUCUUGACUCUAUGUAAAAGUAGCAGCAAAGAGACUUCAAAUGAAUAGCCCAUUAUUCUUUAUAGGAUAUUGUCCACAAACCGGGCUCGAAAUUUAACACUUUGCUAGGCAAGUAUGUCUCCAUAAUUGCUUUUAGGACUGCAAGGGGAUAGUACGCAUCGCCUAAAAACUUGUAAUUUCAUUGGUUCUCCAUACAACGCAGCUCCAUUGUUGUAGGGAUAGAGUCAUUGUUAUAUUUCUAUGUCUAUUGUUUUCAUAGCUAAUUCUGUAAAAGUGGAAAGAGGAGAGACGGCUACAUUCGCAGGCUAUACAUGUGAUCGUCCGGGAGAGGGCGCACACUCCCGAAAAAGAAGAGACUUUUUGAUCCGACAACGCUAUGAUACCAAAAACGUCGCAAACAUUUCGAACAAUAGUACAGUCAAAGCUCUUUAAUACGGACACUUAGGGAAGGGGCCAUAGAAAUUGUCCGUAUUAACGAUUUAAUUUAGGGAAAAUGUAUGGGCUUUCUUUCCCUUAGAAACAAACCAAACUGUCCGUAUGCGUUUUGACCAGUGGCGGAUCCAGGGAAGGGGCCCGGAGCGCCCGUCCCCCCUCCCUAUUUUUAGAUCAGACUGAGACCCAAAGGGCCGAAAAAAAUUUUUUUGGUGACCGUGCCCCCUACUUAUCUCAGGCUCUGGAUGACCGUCUCCCCUCCCCCACCCCCCUUAUCUGAAGGUCUGGAUCAGUAACUGUUGACUGUAUUUUCAAAUUCUCUUUAGCUUUGCUUACCUAAAUCUCUGGAACUCUCUCCCCAUUGACCUUAAGAAAGGAACAUGUGUAACCUCAUUUAGAAAGGCUAUUUAUAGUCAUUUUUUAACGAGAUACAAUGACGUUGAUCAUUUUAGCUUAAGUGAAACUUAAUUUUAUUUCUUAGUUUUAUGCUAAUCCGGCAUUUCACAACCUUCCUCUCGCUUGACCCAUCCUAGUUGUAUUCUUAUUGUAAUUAUAGUUUGUAGAUAUUCAUUGUAAGGAUAUUUUAUAAUUGUAAUAUAGUUUUUACUCUUUUUAGUCCUAUUCGUACAUAUACUUAUAGUUCUUUUUCUUUAACGAUAUGAUUGUAUUUUUGGUAAUUCUUGCUUUAUAGUUUUAGUUUGAGGGCCACUGAAGUACUGUCCCGUGUUACCCUCGUUAAAUAAAGUUGAUUAUCAUUAUCAUUACUAUUAUUAUUAUUAUUAUUAUUAUUAUUAUUAUUAUUAUUAUAAUCCACAGGUUCAAAGUUUCAUCGAGUUUUUUGAAGACAGCUGUACGGAUGCAAUUCACUGGCUCAGUGCAAAUAAUUGGUUCCCCGCAAUGACGGAGGGAUGGGCUACCUACGCUGAGGGCAUAUUACUUCCUUUAAAUACCAACCUAUACACUGACAUUUCAGACAAACAGAUACUGCUGCAAAAGUACGGAGUGAUCUACUAUCAGGUACAUAUGACACUUUUACUCUUNGGGCCCGGAGCGCCCGUCCCCCCUCCCUAUUUUUAGAUCAGACUGAGACCCAAAGGGCCGAAAAAAAUUUUUUUGGUGACCGUGCCCCCUACUUAUCUCAGGCUCUGGAUGACCGUCUCCCCUCCCCCACCCCCCUUAUCUGAAGGUCUGGAUCAGUAACUGUUGACUGUAUUUUCAAAUUCUCUUUAGCUUUGCUUACCUAAAUCUCUGGAACUCUCUCCCCAUUGACCUUAAGAAAGGAACAUGUGUAACCUCAUUUAGAAAGGCUAUUUAUAGUCAUUUUUUAACGAGAUACAAUGACGUUGAUCAUUUUAGCUUAAGUGAAACUUAAUUUUAUUUCUUAGUUUUAUGCUAAUCCGGCAUUUCACAACCUUCCUCUCGCUUGACCCAUCCUAGUUGUAUUCUUAUUGUAAUUAUAGUUUGUAGAUAUUCAUUGUAAGGAUAUUUUAUAAUUGUAAUAUAGUUUUUACUCUUUUUAGUCCUAUUCGUACAUAUACUUAUAGUUCUUUUUCUUUAACGAUAUGAUUGUAUUUUUGGUAAUUCUUGCUUUAUAGUUUUAGUUUGAGGGCCACUGAAGUACUGUCCCGUGUUACCCUCGUUAAAUAAAGUUGAUUAUCAUUAUCAUUACUAUUAUUAUUAUUAUUAUUAUUAUUAUUAUUAUUAUUAUUAUAAUCCACAGGUUCAAAGUUUCAUCGAGUUUUUUGAAGACAGCUGUACGGAUGCAAUUCACUGGCUCAGUGCAAAUAAUUGGUUCCCCGCAAUGACGGAGGGAUGGGCUACCUACGCUGAGGGCAUAUUACUUCCUUUAAAUACCAACCUAUACACUGACAUUUCAGACAAACAGAUACUGCUGCAAAAGUACGGAGUCAUCUACUAUCAGGUACAUAUGACACUUUUACUCUUGACUUGCUUUACUCUGGGUAGCCUCCGGCCCCCACAGACGUUCUUUUGGCUCGUCAAGCAAUCCUCAGGAACGCGUCACAAACUCCUGAGAGGCCGGCCAUACUCUGGGUGCGUUAAUUCCCUGUUUUUAAAUUCAUUAAGGGCGAGUAUGGUUAAAAGUAUUAUUUUUCGUAUAUUUCCGCCCUUUUUCUUUAUAUCAUAUCUAGCCCUUUAGUCCUUGGUUCAAUAAUUUUUGGAGCAUUUUUAGAUGACUUUUCGAAUGUUUUUAAUGUAUAAGAAUUGGGGAAUGUUAAAAAUUUUAGAAAAUUGGAAAAUAUUGGAUUUUGAGGUUGUUAAAAAUUAAAAUAUUAAGUGAAUAAUUGGUAGUUAAGACAAGUACCAGAUAGUCCACCACCACAACAAGGUGCAUCUGAGCCCAAAGUGGACUAACUGGUUUAUAUGUUUAUACCUUUUCCCCUUGAUUUAUUUCCUUCACAAAUCACCAUCAUCUCCCCCAGACAACACGCACACUGCCCCCUUAACCCUUUCACUGCCAAAUUUAGCCGAAAGCAAAUUUAAACCAAACUUCCAAAUUUCAUUUUGUGAAAUUUUGAAAAACAAAUAGCAUCAUGUGUAAGUACAGGCAGAGAGCUUUCAUUUGAAUGGUCACAUCAUAGGAUUUUGUCUACAGAAUCAAAAGUUAGAGUCACCUUACAAAACUCCAUCAAACACUCUGGCAGUAAAAGGGUUAACGGAUAUUGAAUUUAAAGAAUCCACACUUCGAAUGGGUUCAUCGGAUCAAUUUUAUCUGGGCUUUUAGGAUUCAUGAUUCAUUUGGUCUCGGAGCACACAUUGGAAAAAUGUACUCUUGUCAUGCGGCUAUCUUGUGAAAAUAUGAGGCCUGCCACCUCCUUACCGAUUCACGGCAAAUAGACCUUGUUCAAGAUACCCGCCAUUUUUGCAUGCGCUGAAGACCUCAGACGAGAAAAAACAAUGUCAAGUGGUUUCUCAGGGGCCAAGCUCUCAGGGAGUGCGGAAGACGCGAAAGUAAAAGGAACGUGAAAAGUUGACGGGGCGGGAAAAAGGAAAAAGGAACGGCUAGAUCCCCAGUUUCCUCUUGUUUUAUUUUCGUUUUCGCGCUUUCUCAAUUCAGCGGACCCGACUACCGUAUUUAUACGAAUAAGCGCCCAAACUCGAAUAAGCGCCCACCUCGAAUAAGCGCCCAUCCUAAAGGCAGGAAAAGUUCAUAGGCGCCCAGUCUCGAAUAUAACGUCCCGGCAUUUGUUUGCUUUCAACAGCUUUUGGCCGCUCUCCGAGCAGCGGUGGACAUCGAUCUCAAUUACUACGGUAAAACCCGAGCACAAGCAAGACAAUUGUACAAGAAGUACAUCUGGGACGACAACACAGACUUUGUCAAGAAAGACAUCACCAGAAUUACAAGCGUGCCAGGUUUUGUAACCAGCUAUAUGAUCGGCGAGAUGGAGAUAACGCGUCUCAGAGGUUUGGCCAAGACGGAGCUUGGUACCGCAGUUUUCACGCUGAAAGACUUUCAUUAUGAGGUGCUACGGCAAGGCGAGUACCCGCUUCCUUAUCUUGAAGAAACGAUACAGAAUUACAUCGCCUGUAAGAAGGAUCCUACAAGAAUUGACUGCAAAGAGUUCUUUUAGCUUGUGUUUGAAGAACCGAAUUCGUCUAGUUCGGCCCAUGUAACUGCGGAGCGAAAGAAAAAAAUGGGGG